AUGACGACUCCUUUCGCACUUGGAGGAGCCCGAUGGAUCUGGGUCCCCGCAUUCGACGACGCCGCCGCCCCCGCGCAAUUCGUCUCGCUCCGAAAGACAUUCCAGCUGGACCAAGUUCCCGAGCGGGAUGUUCUUCUGCAUGUUUCGGCCGACACCAGAUAUCGCUUGUAUCUGAACGGUCACUCCAUUAGCUUCGGCCCAUGCAAGAGCUACGCGGGAAGGUGGAACUAUGAGACGGUCAACGUUACGCCGUACCUCACAACGGGGCUCAACGUUUUGGCCGCCCGUGUGCUGCGCUUUUCGAGCAGCCAUCCGGGAUGUUUGUCCAUGAUUCGCACUGCGUUGCCUGGUUUUAUUCUUUGCAGUGAUCUGCCCAGACAGAGCAUCAACACCGACGAGUCGUGGAAGGCAAAGCUAGAUACUGGCGUGUAUAUGGCAGAUGCAUCGGAAUGGGACUACCGACUUGGCCCCUCCUUCUUGAACAUCAACGAGAGGGCCGAUGGAGAAUUACUUCAUCGCGGAUAUGCCCAGCCUGAGUUCGACGACUCAGCAUGGGAGGCUUCUAUCGUGAUUAAAGCCACUGGCAAGAUGUCGCCCAUGCUUGACCCGCGCCGCCUCACACCCCGCCAGAUCCCAUUUUUAUCUGAGGAUGUUGCCAAGUUUGACGGAGUGGUGACCUGCUCUGGGCCAACUUCUUCCGAGGAGUGGACUGCUCUCAUAUUGGGUGAGAAGCCGCUGUCUCUUGCCUCCAACUCAACCCAUACCGUCGAUAUCGAGGUUAAGGCCCUCACUACCGGUUUCCUUGAUUUCGUAUGCCAAUUCGACGGAGACAUCCAAGCCAGACCCGAAAUCGAGCUCCUCUGCUCCGAGUGCUACGAGCCAGCGUUCGAAAUGGGCCAACCUCGACGCAAAGGAGACCGAACCGAUUUCCGCAACGGCACUCUUUACGGUCCCGUGGACAUUUAUAAGCCGCACGUCGGGUUGAACCACUACAGCCCUUUCUGGUUCCGCACCUUUCGCUACGUUCGAAUUACGAUCAAGACUGGCGCUGAACCGUUCGUCGUCAGCAGAUUUUCAUACCGAUCGACCCAUUACCCUCUUGAUGUGGCGACCACCAUACAGACAUCGUCUACGUUAGUAAAUAACCUGUGGGAUAUCAGCCUUAACACCCUCAAGAACUGCCUGCACGAAACAUACGAAGAUUGUCCCUUCUACGAACAGAAUCAAUUUUCCAUGGACUCUCGCAGCCAGAUCCUAUUCACCUACCUCCUCUCCCGCGAUGACCGCCUCGCCAGGAAGACCAUGCACGAAUUCUACGCCUCGCGCCGCGAUGAUGGCUUGGUGGAAACUCACUACCCCAACCCUGCGCGCUGCAUCAACAUUCCCACGUUCUCUCUCUUCUGGGUCUUGAUGGUGUACGAUCACAUGGUGCACUUUGGCGACGAGCGCCUGGUGAAGGAGUACCUGGGUGCUAUUGACGGAGUACUCAAUUACUUUGACCAACGGAUCGGCGAGUUAGGUCUCGUUGGCCAGUUUGAGGGAGACUCAUGGGCGUUUGUCGACUGGAUCGACGGCUGGAUCACACCCGGCAAGGGAUUCUUGGGCAUGGCUGUUCCGCCCGCUUAUUACCAGACUGGCAGCGCCACCUUUCACAGCCUGCUUUACGCAUACACUCUGCUCAAAGCCAGCGAGCUCUGCAAGUUUGUCGGGCGGAAUGACACGGCCAAGGAAUACGUUUCUCGCCAGCAGAGCAUCGUACAAGCUGUCCGCGGGCAGUGCUUUGAUGAGGCCACUGGCCUAUUCCUCGACGGACCCAAAGCAGCAGGGCAGUUUAGCCAGCACGUACAGACAUUUGCAGUCCUGUCGGGAUGUCUCGAAACCAACGACGCAGCCCGUGAAUUGAUGAGCAAGACAAUUGCCCGCCACGAGGAGUUCUCAAUGGCCAAGGCCAGUUUCGCCAUGGGCUUCUACCUAUUCCGCGCCGCAAGCGAGGCCGGUAUCUACGAGGAAAGCUGGCCGACGUUGAUCCAGCCUUGGCAGAAGAUGAUAUCGCAUAACCUGACAACGUGGGCCGAGAGCGAGAGCAGCGUGCGCAGCGACUGCCACGGAUGGAGCGCCACACCAUUGUACGAGAUUGGCACAGAGAUCCUAGGCGUGAAGCAGCGGAGCAGGGAGUACUUGAAGCGCCUUGGGAAGGAAGGGACGGAAAUCAUGGUUGCGCCGCGGAGGUCUUUAGUCGAGGAUAUUAGCGGGUCGGUUCCGGUUGGAGAUGAGGAGGUUGUCUUGGUUAAGUGGGGAAAAGGAUUGGAUAUGACGGUAGAAGCCUCAAAGGGCCAUGAGGUUUCAGUCACCAUGGGCUGA